AUGCCGCCGAACGCGCGCGUCCUGAAUGUGGCUGAGAAACCAUCCGUCGCGAAAGAGAUCUCUCGCGUGCUCUCGAACGGCACCGCGCGCGUGCGCGAGGGCGCGACGGCGUGGAACAAGGUGUGGGAGUUCGAACACGUCGUCCGAGGGCGACCGGUGACGAUGGUGUUCACGUCGGUGACGGGACACCUGAGUAAUUUUGAAUUCGCGGAGGAACGACAUCGAAGGUGGGCGAGCGUCGAUCCGAGAGAGCUCUUGGUGGACGCGCGCGUGGUGAAGCGGGUGCCGGAGGAUAAACGGAAGACGGCGGAGAAUGUGAAGCGAGAGGCGAGGGGGUGCGAUACGGUUAUUUUGUGGUUGGAUUGCGAUCGGGAGGGCGAGAACAUCGCGUUUGAGGUGCUGGAGGCGUGUCGACAGGCGAAACCGGGGAUCACGGCGUUACGCGCGCGGUUCUCCGCGCUCGGUCGCGGUGACGCCGAUAGGGCAUUGGCUAAUUUGGUGCAGCCGAACGAGUACGAGGCCAAGGCUGUGGAUAUGCGCAUGGAGUUGGAUCUGAGACUGGGUGCCGCGUUCACACGAUUCAACACGUUGGCGCUCCAGCGUGCGGGCGUGGGGUUGCCCGUGGAUGAUAAGGGGAAGUCGAUCGUGUCGUAUGGGCCGUGUCAGUUCCCCACGCUUGGAUUCAUCGUGCAGAGGAAGUGGGACAUCGAUGCGCACGUGAGUGAAGACUUUUGGUCCAUCAAGUGUUCGCACGCGAGGGAGGGAACAAACACGAAGUUUGAGUGGAGUCGCGGUCGACUUUUCGAUCGUGGCUUCGCGUCCGCUCUGCACAACAUGUGUGCGCGCGCUAAUGUCGCGACAGUGAUCGAUGUGGACGGUCAAGAGAGUAGACGAUGGCCUCCGCAUCCGUUGAACACAAUCGAAAUGCAAAAGCGUUUGAACAGAACGCUGCGCAUUUCGCCGGAACAAAUCAUGAAGAUCGCCGAAGACCUGUACAACGACGGUUUCAUCUCCUAUCCGCGCACGGAGACAGACAAGUUUCCUGCCGAUUUCAAUUACGACGGCACCCUUCGAGAUCUUCAUCCGCAUCCACAGUUUGGCUUUUACGUUGAUCAGUUGAUUAACGGAGGGAGGUUUAGACAACCUCCGGGCGGUGGGAAGGAUGAUAAGGCGCACCCUCCGAUUUAUCCCACAAAGCUGGCCUCCGAAGCGCAAUAUCAACAGAUGCGAGCGAAAAAUCAGCACGCACCGAAGGUCUACGAGUUUGUCGUUCGACAUUUCUUGGCGACGUGUUCGCACCCAGCAAUCGCUAUGAAGACGCAUGUCGACAUUGUGGUCGCGGGAGAGACGUUUCGAGCCACGGGCGUGAUGAUUCGCGAGCGUAAUUAUUUGGAUAUCUACGGUCCUGGACCACCAGAAGGCCCGCGAUUGGCGCCCGCGUACGAUAACUGGGGCAACAGCACGCUCCCUUUGUACACUCCUGGUGAACAGUUUGUGCCCGCUCUGAGUUUGCACGAGGGCCAGACGAGGCCGCCGGAUUAUCUCAGCGAGGUCGAUUUACUAUCGCUCAUGGAGUCGCAUAUGAUUGGAACGGACGCCACGCAGGCGCAGCACAUAGAAAAAGUAGUAGGGGAGAGAGGGUACGCGCGCAAGGUUGGCGAUAAUAGAUUGACGCCCACACAACUUGGCGAGGCGCUCGUUCUGGCGUAUGACAGAAUGGGAGUCGCCGACAUGUGGCUACCGACGAAACGAGCGAAAAUGGAGGCGGAUGUUGAUGCGGUGGCAAAGAAUCGACUAGACCCUAACGCUGGCUUACGCGCGCACCUGCAAGCCAUGUUGGAUGCGUACGAUCGAGUCGCCGCAGAUGGACUCACUCUGACGACCACCGUAGGCGCAUUCAUGAAUGGGCAGGACAACGCCGCGAAUGGAGUAGGUCAUCGACCGAUGCCACCUGGGAAUGAUAUAAACGGAAACGGCGCCGACGCGUUCGGUGAUCUCAUUGGUGUCAUCCGGGACACGUGUCCGAGCUGCCAAGGAGAGUCGACGCUGCGAUCAGCUCCGGGCGUGCGCAAUUCGAAGAGUUUCAUCGCCUCGUGCGCAGUCCCGCACUGCAUGAGUCGAAUUGCGAUGCCGAGCUGCACACGAGAUAUCAAAAUCGAGCAAGAAGGGUGCGGACGAUGCCAAGGACGUCUACUGACGUUCAAAUUCUCCACCUUGUACCUCCCAGUUGGGUACCAACACAUGCAACGAUGGAGUGGGUGCAUAUUUUGCGAUGCCGAGUUUCAAAACCUACUGCGCGCGUGUCAAGCUGAGGACCAUCCACCCGCUCGCGAGUCGCCAGCUCGACGACCGAAUCCGCCGCCAGUGGCGGACGGAUACGGGCGCGGUGGUCGCGGUCGCGGCGGCCGUGGCGGCGCGGCUGGGCGAAGACGCUCACGCGCUGAACGUGAUGAAGGCGUUGGCGGCCAGCAGGGUAAUUGCUUCAAGUGCGGCGAGGCCGGACACUGGUCCAUGAACUGCCCGAAUUGA